AUGACGCCCAAAUACCUCAAAGGACGCCCAAAUACCUCAAAGGACGGCCAAAUACCUCAUAGCACGCCCAAAUACCUCAAAGGACGCCCAAAUACCGCAAAUGACGCCCAAAUACCUCAAAGGACGCCCAAAUACCUUCGGAGGACGCCCAUAAACCUCAAAGGACGCCCAUAUACCUCAAAGGACGCCCAAAUACCGCAAAGAGCGCCCAAAUACCUCAAUAGACGCCCACAUACCUCAAAGGACGCCCAAAUACCUCAAAGGACGCCCAAAUACUUCAAAGGACGCCCAAUUACCUCAAAGGACGCCCAAAUACCUCAAAGGACGCCCAAAUACCUCAAAGGACGCCCAAAUACCUCAAAGGGCGCCCAAAUACCUCAAAGGACGCCCAAAUACCUUAAAGGACGCCCAAAUACCUCAAUAGACGCCAACAUACCUCAAAGGACGCCCAAAUACUUCAAAGGACGCCCAAAUACCUCAAAGGACGCCCAAAUACCUCAUAGGACGCCCAAAUACUUCAAAGGACACCCAAAUACCUCAAAGGACGCCCAAAUACCUCAAAGGACGCCCAAAUACCUCAAAGGACGCCCAAAUACUUCAAAGGACGCCCAAAUACCUCAAAAGGACGCCCAAAUACCUCAAAGGACGCCCAAAUACCUCAAAGGACGCCCAAAUACCUCAAAGGACGCCCAAAUACCUCAAUGGACGCCCAAAUACCUCAAAGGAUUCCCAUAUAUCUCAAAGAACGCCCAAAUACCUCAAAGGACGCCCAAAUACCUCAAAGGACGCCCAAAUACCUCUAUGGACGCCCAAAUACAUCAAAGGACGCCCAAAUACCUUCGGAGGACGCCCAUAUAUUUCAAAGGACGCCCAAAUACCUCAAAGGACGCCCAAAAAUCUCAAAGCACGCCCACAUACCGCAAAGGACGCCCAAAUACCUCAAAGGACGCCCAAAUACCUCAAAGGACGCCCAAAUACCUCAAAGGGCGCCCAAAUACCUUAAAGGACGCCCAUAUACCUCAAAGGACGCCCAAAUACAUCAAAGGACGCCCAAAUACAUCAAAGGACGCCCAAAUACCUCAAAGGACGCCCAAAUACUUCAAAGGACGCCCAAAUACCUCAAAGGACACCCAAAUACCUCAAAGGACGCCCAAAUACCUCACAGGACGCCCAAAUACCUCGAAGAGUGCCCAAAUACCUCAAAGGACGGCCAAAUACCUCAAAGGGCGCCCAAAUACCUCAAAGGACGCCCAUAUACCUCAAAGGACGCCCAAAUACAUCAAAGGACACCCAAAUACCUCAAAGGACGCCUAA